AUGAGGGGAAUGGACAAGAUGCACUCGGAUGACGGGAAGCUCAUGAGGAUCAUAGCUCUGAAGGAUGAGAUCGCACGCCUGAAGAAGGAGAAUGCUCAGUUGAAGGGCCUCCCCAUUCCCGGAGGAGUCCGGAUCCGCAACAUGCCCCGCAAGUCAACGACUGCACCCGUGCGCAUUCAGCUUGCGCCCAGGAACCCACCUCCGCCCGCAGCUCCUGCAGCUCCUCCAGUUCUGCCCGCAGUUCCCGCAGCUCGAGCAGCUCUAGCUCCAGUCCCAGCUCCUGCCCCAGUGUCAGCUCCCGCGUCCGCUCUCUCCUUCGCUCCAGCAUCAGCCGUCAGGGGCCCAGCCAGUGGCAACGGGGGUUGGUUGCCUGCUACUCCCAGUGGCAGCCGCAACCACAUCAGCAGCAGUUCGAGUGGCUCAGAGCUGGGCCAGAUUCCAGGAGCAGCUCAGAGGGACCUGGCGAUGAGCAGGAGGACACCUUCGACUCCACCGACCGCAGGAGCCAUUCCGAGCAUUAGGCUUGUUUUCCCUUAG